UACGUGUCCGAUCGACCUGGCACCCUUGCUGUAUUUGCACUUAAUAAUAAUUAAACCUCUUUUGCUCUCUUCUCUCACAUCAGUCAGCCCGGGCGCCCCAUACCUGUAGACAUUGAGCGAAAAGGAUGCGCUUGCAAAAAUAAGACUCUGUUUCCGCUGAAUUAGAGUGCAGAACGUAGCGUCUCCGCGAGGGAGACAGCUCUGCUGCGUUGGUUCAUGCGAGAUGUUUGAAGCUGUAUUUCCCUUUCCUCUUCCGCAGUGUACGAAUGGCCACUUGAUGUGCGCUGGCUGUUUUAUCCACCUCCUAGCAGACGCUCGGCUGAAGGAGGAGCAGGCCACUUGCCCAAAUUGCCGGUGUGAGAUCAGUAAGAGCCUGUGCUGCCGAAACCUUGCUGUGGAAAAAGCAGUGAGCGAGCUGCCAUCAGAGUGUGGCUUCUGCAUGCAGCAGUUCCCGCGUUCCCUUCUGGAGAGGCACCAGAAAGAGGAGUGCCAGGACAGGGUGACCCAGUGCAAGUACAAGCGGAUCGGGUGCCCGUGGCAGGGUCCGUUCCACGAGCUGACGGUGCAUGAAGCAGAGUGCACUCACCCAACAAAGACUGGCAAUGAGUUGAUGGAGAUCUUGGAUGAGAUGGACCAAACCCGUAAAAAAGAAAUGCAGCUGUAUAACAGCAUCUUCAGCCUGCUCAGCUUUGAGAAGAUUGGCUACACAGGUGUUGCCAGCUGUGCUCUUCUCUCUCCCGGAAGCGCUGAAGAACGCGUAAAUCUGUGUGAAGUGCACCUAAAGGUUCACUGUACUUGUAGUUGCACUCUGAGAUGCCACGGUUUGUACAGCAGAGACUUAAAACGGUGAACAGUGUGUUUGUUCAAAGGUACUAGAUUGGGAAAAACUGUUGCACCCUGGACCCCCCUGGAAAGGGGUUUAACGGACUGACGGUGGACUGUGCCUUGAAAGGUUUGGCUUAUUCUUAAAAUUCGACCGUGCAUGUGCAAACCUGAACGUGGAACCAUCUCUCUCCAAUGUAUUGUUGUUCGCCUUUAUGUAUCUGAACACAGGAUCCUCUGUACCUUAUUACUACCUCAAGGCCUGUAUUUCACGUGCCCUGUUCUCUGGGGUUUUUUGGUUUUUGUUUUUUUUUUUUCUUUUUGCGCUGUGGUGACGCGUAAUUGUGCCUUAACUGCCCUGUUUACGGAUUUGUAUGCAUACUCCCAAUAAAAUGUGCAUUGUUAUCUGAA